AUGUCAAGAUUAUCUGGUGCCUCGCCAUUUUUAGGUGAUAAUAAACAAGAAACAUAUCAUAAUAUUACAGCCAUUAUUUAUGAUUUUGAUGAUGAAUAUUUUUCUGGAACCAGUGAACUUGCCAAAGAUUUUAUUCGAAAGUUGUUUGUUAAAGAUGUCAGAAAACGUGCCAAGGUAGAUGAUUGUUUGCAACAUCCAUGGAUAAAGCCAAAGGAAAAGCAACAUGAGGAUGUGAGAAAGUCUGCUGUUAUAAAUAUAGACAAUUUAAAAACAUUUAUUGCUAGAAAGCGAUGGAAGCAAUCCUUACGAGUGGUGUGUUUGUGUAAUCGUUUGUCCCGUAGUAUACAGUUACGUAAAAGUCAAGACACUCUAGAUAGUAGAAACACUCUAGCAGAAGAACCUAGAAAGAGUAACAUGGCAAGUUCUAGUAGUUGGAGUGAAGAUAGUUCUCUAUGUGGAGAAGAUGCAUCAUUAGAUAGUCCUGUAUUCUCAAGUCUUGAUAGUCCUUCAUCUCCUGGGUUUGAUAGUCCUGCAUCUUCAACAUUAAAUAGCCCUACAAUUUCAUCAACAGAUAACGCCAAAAAAGAAAGUUUUGGUUCAACUACUAAUACUAAUUUUGCAUCUUUGACUAGUAGAUUUCGGUCACCCAACAGUGGCCUCUUACCUAAAAUAACAGAAAAUACAGCAUUGACACCUAUUGAAAGUCCAAUCACCUCAGCUUUUGUAGUACCAGUUUCAGAUAGUCUUGUAUCAGCUACUGCAUAUAUUCCAUGUAUAUUGGAUAGUCCACCAGUAGAACAGCCAGUGAUCUCAACAUCAUUAGAAUCUUCUAUGUCAACAACAUCUAGUUAUUUUUCAUCUAACAGUUCUGUACCUUUCAGAGCUGAUGCUUUUUCAUAUGAUGGUUCUAGAGAAGGCAUUGUAUCUCUUGAUACUAGCCCUACAAUCAUAAGAAAUCCAAAACUUGCAUCACUUUCCAAUGAAGAUGAAAUUGGUCCCAAAUCAACAGCUGAGGUUCUUGUGAGCCCUACCACAAUUGAGGAUUCAUGCAAUCCUAAACCACUGGAUGCAAUUUUGAAUACAGAUAAUCUAGCUGUGAAUGGUCCUUCAGACAUCAUACCGACUAAGGCAACAUCUAACUUGAAGAGUAAACCCCCUUCUGAUUUUUAUAAACCUACUUCUUGUACAGUUACUACAGAUUUCCACUAUACUUUUUGA